CCGAGAGUCGGAGGCUGUAGGACGAGCUCAGACCCCACGUGCUCUUGGUACCUGCCGGCCGGAGGCUCAGGCCUCGGGGCCUCGAGGGAGCCCAGCGGCACCCCCGGCCUACUUCCCGAGUGGAGCCAUGUCUGGCAACGGCAACGCGGCUGCUACGGCGGAAGAAAACAGCCCAGAGAUGAGAGUGAUUCGUGUGGGUACCCGCAAGAGCCAGCUGGCUCGCAUACAGACUGACAGUGUGGUGGCAGCGCUGAAAACCUUAUACCCUGGCCUGCAGUUUGAAAUCAUUGCUAUGUCCACCACAGGGGACAAGAUUCUUGAUACUGCACUCUCUAAGAUUGGAGAGAAGAGUCUGUUCACCAAGGAGCUGGAACAUGCACUGGAGAAGAAUGAAGUAGACCUGGUUGUUCACUCCCUGAAGGACCUGCCCACCAUGCUUCCUCCUGGCUUCACCAUUGGAGCCAUCUGCAAGCGGGAGAACCCCUAUGAUGCUGUUGUCUUUCACCCAAAAUUUGUUGGGAAGACCUUAGAAACCUUGCCAGAGAAGAGUGUGGUGGGAACCAGCUCCCUGCGGAGAGCAGCCCAGCUGCAGAGAAAGUUCCCACAUCUGGAGUUCAAGAGUAUUCGGGGAAACCUCAACACCCGGCUUCGGAAGCUGGACGAGCAGCAGGAGUUCAGUGCCAUCAUCCUGGCUGCAGCAGGCCUACAGCGCAUGGGCUGGCAGAACCGGGUGGGGCAGAUUUUGCACCCUGAAGAAUGCAUGUAUGCUGUGGGCCAGGGAGCCCUAGGAGUGGAAGUCCGAGCCAAGGACCAGGACAUCUUGGAUCUGGUGGGUGUGUUGCAUGAUCCUGAGACUCUGCUUCGCUGCAUCGCUGAAAGAGCCUUCCUGAGGCACCUGGAAGGAGGCUGCAGUGUGCCAGUAGCUGUGCAUACAGCUAUGAAGGAUGGGCAACUGUACCUUACUGGAGGAGUCUGGAGUCUAGAUGGCUCAGAUAGCAUACAAGAGACCAUGCAAGCGACCAUCCAUGUCCCUGCCCAGCAUGAUGAUGGCCCUGAGGAUGAUCCACAACUGGUAGGCAUCACUGCCCGGAACAUUCCACGAGGAGCCCAAUUGGCUGCGGAGAACCUGGGCAUCAGCCUAGCCACCUUGUUGUUGAGCAAAGGAGCCAAGCACAUCCUGGAUGUUGCACGGCAGCUUAAUGAUGCCCACUAACUGGUCUGUGGGGCACAGGUGCCUGGGUUGCCGCUGUCCAGUGCCCACAUCCCAGACCACAGUGCCCCACUUUCACUGCUAACUGGGGAGUGAUAACCUCAGGAGACUGAACUGCAGGGUCCAAGACUUACAGGGAUUUGUCUCACCUUGGGGCCUUGGGGGCUGCCUUGCCUCUUCAGUGGGUGUGGGCUUCGUCUCUUUAAAGUCCAAGCCAUGGCCUUUGAAUGUAACCAACUAUAGUAAUAAACCAGCUCUGAAGGUG